AUGGUUAAAUUUCACUGGCUAUUCUUGAUCGUUUUUCUGCCCUACCAUGGAAAAGCAGCAAAGAUUUCGCCUGCAAAGAGUCGCCUGAGUCUGCAAUGGAAAACCUUCGAUUGCGCAUCGAACCCACUCCAUGUGAGCCGGCACAAAUGCAUCAUCCUGGAUAACGAUAAGUCUCUGAUUACCGUCGAAGUUGACUAUCUUCAGGCUAUAACUCAGCUCAAUGCCACGUUCAAAUUGUUUUUGCCUCGACCACCCUUCAAGGAAUUCCACAAAAUUAUCGAUCUGAAUGUCGAUGUCUGUCAGUUCUCCAAAGGCCUGUAUGGCCACAAGUUUAUUGGGGUGAUCGUGAAGUCGCUUGGCAAGAAGGCGAGCUCCCAGCUGAAGUGUCCCCGUCCAAAGGGCCUCUACUCAUAUCCCAAUAUAAGCAUUGCCGAUAAUUUGCCAGGCUUUUUGCCAACAACCGAUUUUAAAGUCGAAAUCAGUUUUCUAUCACCUGACUGUAUGUUAAAUACGAGUCUCAGUGGAAUGUUAUACGAUCCAGCCAAAACAAGGGGCAAAUAAGGUAAUUGAAUGAAACUUAACUGAUUGCUCAGCGAAGGAGAUUCUCGAUAUGAAGAGGUGAAAGAAUCUGAACGAAU